GGGGCGGGCCCAGCGCCCGGAAGAGCCGCGGCGAAGGCUGCGCAGAGUCGCCGACCGGAGGGAGCGAACGGGCCGGAGCCACGGGGCGCGCCCAGGAUGGACAAGCUGAAGACGGUGCUGAGCGGGCAGGACUCCGAGGACCGGGGCGGCCUGUCCGAGGUUGCUGAGGCGGCGUCGCUGAGCUGGGGCACCAGGAUAAAAGGCUUCAUCGCAUGUUUCGCCACCGGAGUUCUCUGCUCUCUGCUGGGAACCCUGCUGCUCUGGGUGCCGAGGAAGGGGCUCUACCUCUUCGUGGUGUUUUACACCCUUGGUAACAUCGCAUCAAUCGGGAGCACCAUCUUCCUCAUGGGACCAGUGAGACAGCUGAAGCGCAUGUUUGAACCUACGCGCUUGAUCGCCACCAUCAUGGUGCUGCUGUGUUUUGCACUCACCCUGUGUUCUGUCUUUUGGUGGCACAAGAAGGGACUGGCGCUCAUCUUCUGCAUCCUGCAGUCCUUGGCCCUGACGUGGUACAGCCUCUCCUUCAUACCGUUUGCAAGGGACGCCGUGAAGAAGUGUUUCACUGUGUUUCUGGCGUAACCACCAGUUUGCAAGGCUGAGGGAGGUGUUCCGGCUGGAAGCUGGCAGACAGUUUUGUAAAUACCUCGUGAACCUCUGUCCUACAGACACGUGCCUUCUCUCUUGCAGCAAUGUGUUGCUCGCGAGCACCUGAGGGUUGCUUUUGGAGGCAGUGUUGUUCCCAAAGGCAAACAUCUAGCGCAGUAGGAGAGGUGGGUCCUGUCCUCACUGCCUGGAAUCCUCCUCGUGUGCCCGUUGCCUACUGGACGGCAUUCCACUGAGUUCUCCGAAGUUAAACCUUAAGCAGGAGCAGCAACGCCAGAGCAGCAAAGCCUUGGGACCAGAAAAGGCACGCCGGUGAUCCCCGGUGGUGACAGGCAGCCCGUGAGUGAUGGCAGGGGUGCACAGGAAGGGCCAGGGCUCUGGGCCAAUACGGGCUCAGUAGACAUGUCCCUCAGCAUGGAGACCACCACCCCUGCCCCGCACACCUGGACAUGCUUGCACCCUGGGGUCUGGGACAGCAGUUCUGCCCUCCCGAUGGCCUAACACAAGCCCGUGGAGAGCCUGGCUGUCAAGCAGAGAGGAGCCCUUUGGUAACAGGUGUUGUUUUAAAACCUGACCCUCGGCGCCCCUGGGCCCCACUCCCACGCCUCGCUGUGAGGGUGCUUUCUGCCAUUCGUGCACGCUUCUUCUCUCCUGGGUCUCCUCCUGUCCCUGCCUCUGUAUCUUUACCCAUGACCUCCUGGAACUAGAAUGAGAGCAAAGCAGCAGGAAAUGCUGCUCUUUCCUUCUGGACAAGAGCUGGCGGGGGUGCGGUCAUGUUGCCGUCUGCUGUGUUUCUUUUCAUCAUCCACAAAUGUUUGCUUUUAAACUGGUUGUGUUUUCUGUUCUCCCAAGAGGGGGUCCUAGGGAGAGCGGGUGGGAGGUCAGCCCCACGUGGGAACGGCAGGAAGUGGGCACGCCUGCUAGUGCCCUGGAAGCAGUCCCAGCGUCCAUCCUGCAGCCUGUGCCAGACACGCUGGAAGACACAUGGGCUGUGGCCAUCGUGGCUCAGCCUGCUGCCCAGCCACGUGCCUGUAAGCCUUGAUCCGUCCCGUCCUGGAGGUGGUGACUGUCACCUCACUGUGCAGUCACAGAAGCCAAGGCGCACGGAGGUCCCUGGCUUCCCCUAUAGUCACAGUCUGGGCAGAGCUGAGCCUCGUGUCUGGGCGCCCCAGCCUCCAUCUCCUUCGUGACCCCAUUUCCCAGUGUGGCCCUGGAGGUGCUCCUGAACCGCACUACCUUUUCUGUCAGCCAAGCCCGUGCCUUUUCUGGUCCCAAUCUCCGUGUCACUGCCUUGGCUCCCCCCUGGUCUGCCUUGGGGGUGCUUCCCCUGCAGUCUGUAGGAUCUCUGUCCAUUGUUCCUGUGGGUGCCCUCUCAGCUCCUUUCUGCUGCCCGACUGUCACAAGCACCCUGUCUUGAUUUCCGCAGCCCUGGGCAUGCCGGGGCUCACAGCUGCCCUGCAGGUGGGGUCUGCUGGGUUUGCCUUUCUGGGCCUCUUGGGCUCUUGUUCCGGGAACCUCCAAACCAGAGGCCCUGGUCGGCCGGUUAUCUCCCUGCUUGUGGCUGUGGCCGAAUUCUUUCUCUGGCUGCAGCUGAGCUGUCAGACCAGCGAUCAUUUUCGUCUUGGCUGGAGUGGUAGGAACAGGUCCCAGGGGACCACAGUGAGGAGCCAGUCUUUCCAGGCCCUUUCUGGGCUAUUGUAGGCAUCCUGUCUUAGGCUAAGGUCCAUAACCUGCCUUCAGCCAAGAAGGGAAAUUAUAUGCCCCCUCUGGUUUUGUGGGGUUCUUUCACAUCUGCGGUGCCUCUCGGAGAUGGCUCAGAUCUCAGUGGGCUCUAGGAUGGGGCCUGCAGGAGGUCAGGGAGGUCAUCGCUCCGCUAGCACUACGUGUCCAGCCGUGGGCAUUGGCCUGCAUCAUCUCGCUGAAUAUUCACAGUAGCUUUGCCCAGCUCGUGGCCCUGUCCCCGUUAUCAAGGAGAAGGAGCAGCCUCAGAGAGGGCAGGGCAUCUGCCAGUCCCAGCAGAGGGCGUUGGCUCUCGCAGAAGGGCUUCUGCUUUGCCGUGACUGCUCGCCUGUGGCCCGGGCAACUCCUGUCUGGACACUGUUGGCAGCCUUUGGACGACCCUGCCCUCCAGGGUGUCCCAGACUCCUGCGUGUUUCCUUCUGCUACCUUGGCCUUUGGCUGCUUCCCUGCUUGGCUACUGGGCUGUGGGAGGAACAAAUCCAUUUCAAAUCUGCUGAAAGCUGUUGCCAAGCGACAGUGUGGCAAAAAGCGGCCUGGUGGGUGCGGGAGGAGUGGAGAAUCCCGGCUUUGGACCCUGGGGCUGGUAGUGGUCUCUGUUUCCCUGCUCCCCUGCCUGCCAUCCUGCCCCUUUCCCUGCUGGCUGGAGGGGAGAUCACCGUGGGGGUGACAUGCAGGUGGGAAAUGUGCUUGCCUGUGGCUUCGCUUCAGAGCCCCGAGCCCUCUGCCCUCCAGGCCUGGGGAGCCCCCUCCGUGCCCUCGGCCCCUCAGAGAUGCUUGUUGGCUCCUGGGCAGGUCUGCUGACAGCUCCGGGCCUCCAUCUCCUCUCUACCCAAGAGGUUUUCCCUUUUGCUGAAUGUGCUCUGGGAACCUCUGGUUCCUCCAGACCCUGCUGGGGGGGCCCCUCCGCCCCCUGCAGACAGGCUGCUCGCCUCUGGGUGGGCACAGUCCCCAGUGUGCAUGCCCUGGGGCGGUACCUGGGUGGAGCACCCUUGCACCACUCUCAGGGUUAUCUGCCCGAGUGCCCCUCCCUCCUGCCCCCACCUGUGCUUGGAGAACCCGAAAUAGAGUCAUGAGCACCUCUGAUAAGAUUGCUUUGGAGAGUUCCAUCAGGAAAGACCAUCAAGAAGUGGGUGUUACCUUAAAAAAGGGUGUGGGGGGUGCUGGUUUGGGCGCUUCUGCUUCUGGUCAGUUCCAUGAGGGCGAUGAGCGCUGCGGCUGGGGGCUGAGACCCGGGCAGCCAGCGGGGAGCGGAGCGGCGGCCUCCGCGCGGGGCCCCUUCUGCGCCAGGCCCGCCUUCUCCCCCCUCAGGAGCGUCUAAGUCGGCUGCAGCAGUACAAUAUUUAAAAAUUCACAGCCUGUCCUUCAACUUCAUUUUCAGCAAAUGAACAAACAAAAGGCCAGUGUUUAAGGUUUGUGAAGCCGUGUUGGAUUUUUGGCAAAUUCUUUUUUUUUUUUUUUUUGAUGUUUAAGAUGUGCUGUAGUGUGCAGAUAGCUUAUUUUAGAAAGUAAAUGAAGUUACAGAUUUAUAUCUGUGUAGCUUAUAAGAUACUGACAAACUAAGUGAAUUCUGGAUGUUCGGAAAUUCUUAUUUAAAAAGUUGGCUGGGAGGUUAAAUUACAUGACUUUAUAAGUACCCUGUAGUUCAAAAUCGUAUGAAAUUCUGAGAUCUUGAGAGUUUUAAUGGAGUGAAGAGAAAAAUGCCAUGCAGUUCAUUUGAGCCUGGUGCCCUCAGCGUGGGGCGUGGAGCUCCACGUUUUGGCUGCGUCCAGCUGUGCCCCAGAUGCACAGGUGACACCCUGAGGCCCCUGGGACGCCGUGGCUUCGCUCUUGGUCGCUCAGGGUUCUGUUGCACAGCCUCCAGAAGCAUGGCAGAGACGCCGCGCCCGAGUGUGUGGGCACAGCCCGGGGGCGGCCAGGGCAAUCGAUUUGACCAAAUGGAUCCCAUUCUUCCUGGCAGGAGCUGGUAAACUGACCGGGGUUUUGAAAUGUACAGAAUUUCUCUGUAGACGGGAUGGGCUGACAGCAGGGCAGAGGGUGCACCCAGGCCAGUUCACGUGAUGUCCUCUCAUGGACGGGCCGCGGCUGUUGGAGAUGAAAGGUCAGACCACAGCAUUGUAAUACGCAGCUGGUACCCAGGUGGGUGUCUCUGACAAGGUGACAUCACUAAUAGACAGCACCUGAAAACCAGUGUGCCGUGGAGAAACGCUCCCUGGUGUAAACUGCCCGCCUGGGCCUGGCACCUUUGAGACCAGAGCGAGCCUGGAACCUGGGCAGCGCGAUGCUCUCUGCCUGCUGCGCGGCCAGACUGCAUGGCCCGGCGAUGAGCCCCCAGUCUGGGGACAGGUGCACCUUGCUCUGUAAUGUCCUGAAUUGGCUGCCCCGAUUUAUACUCCCACCAUGCCUCGCAUUCUGUCUGGUGGUCUUUCUGCUGUGAAAAGUGUUCAUUUUGCCUUUUUGGGUAUGCUUUCCUGCAUUAGCCAUUUUGAACAGAGAAAGGAAAUACUGGAGACCCUCUGAAUUCUGAUCUUCUGCUGAUUUUAUAAAUUCUGAUUGUGAAGUUGGGGUAAGAGUUCAAAGGCCCAGGGGAGUCUAGAUGCCUUGGAACAUUGUGCCUGUUUUAAUAUGAUGAGCUUUUAAAACACUGUUUAAACAUGAAUCCAUUCUUGUGAUUGCGAAUAUUCAGCUAAUUUUCAAUAUUGGUGAUUGCAUAACUGAUUUUUUUAUAUCUGGAAAUAUAUUCUUAUGUGCUACUUUUCUUAUCUCGAAACUAUUUCAUACAAUAAAUAUUGUUUACUUUUUAGUCAUUUCAAAGAGAAGAAUUUUGUUG